AUGGACGGAAAGCAUAUUCAUAUUAAAUGCCCACAAGCUAGUGGAUAUCACUUUGCCAUGGUAGAUGCUUCCUACACAUUUUUGUAUGUUGAUGUAGGGACUAAUGGGCGUGUUGGUGAUGCUGGAGUGUUUUCAAAAAGCAAACCACAGGAGUGUCUCAUUGACCGAUCUAUUCUCAACAUUCCUGAAGGCAGGAAGCUUGGGAACACAAACAUUACACCUCCAAUGGUUGUACUGGCAGAUCAUGCUUUUACUCUGAGCUACAACAUUAUGAAACCAUACCCCUUAAAAGGAAUCACAAAGGAAGAAAAGGUUUUCAAUUACAGACUGUCACAAGGAAGAAGAUUAGUGGAGAGCAGCUUUGACAUUCUUGCAAGUCGUUUCAGGAUUUUUCUUACUGCCAUUAAUCUGCCUGCAGAAAAUGUUAAAAUGUUACCACAAUUACACUGGCUGCCUGCACACUGCACAACUUGUUAA